AUGAUAAAUUUAAAAAAAAAUUCUGAUUCUGAGAUUGAAUCCCUCAUUGAAUCUAUGUUGCGAUUAAUGGAAUACAUGAACUUUAAUCCAAGUUUUAAAAGAAAAAUGUUUGAAUCUUUUAAUAAUGAAGAUUUGAAAAAAAUUUAGAAAAAUUUGAAUGAUAUAAGAAUAUUACUCUUAGAAAGAUUUCAUGUUUAUUUUUGUGUUGUAUUUUAUAAAAUGACUAGAAUUGUGAAAGCUUCUUAAAAUUAUCUGAUUUAAUACCAAUCAAUUCUAAAAUUACUUUAAAUGAUAUUCCAGAAAAGAUUUCGAAAUACGUUUCAUAGGAUACUAUAAUCGAAAUAUGCAUAAUUUUAAGAAAACUCUUUAUGUUGGUAUUAUGCUUAUUAAAUGGCAAAAGAAUAGUCAACUUAAUUAUAAUUUUUUUUUUUGAAUUAUUAAGAUAUCAGAAAAUCGAUCAAUGAAUUUAUUGAUCCAUUAGAUUCUAUUAUUGGGAUAGUUUAUGAAAAAUAGAGGAUAUAUAAAACUAUAACUCCAAGUAGUGAUAUCUCAAUAAGAGAUAAAAGAAAUUAAAUGUAAAAAUUAAGUGUAUCCCCUAUUCCACAAACAUUAAUGUUUCUUAAGAAAAAUAUUAAAAACGCUAUGUAAUUUAAAAAGGUUUGCAAUUUAAUUAAUAAAAUAUAAGAUCAUUGUUCUGAAAGAAAGCCUAUUAAUUAUGAUAUUUUGAGAAAUAAAAUAUUGGAAUAACAAAACACUCGAAAUAUGAUAGUUAAUUCUAAACCUAAUAAGGAAAUUUAAUCUAUUGUACAAGUAUGGAGUUGA